GUACUCGUCAAAACACUGGCUGCUCUCACAUUAUUUCAGUAUCGAAGCCGUGCUGUGCUCGCUGUUCUGUAGGCGAGCAGAAGGGUUUGCGUUUUGGAUGUGUAGCCAUGUAGUUGCCUCGAUUCCGGCAAAUUUUCGUACGCAUGGUUUUAGUUGUGUACAUAUUCGGCAGCUAGUUAUAAUGCACUAGUUAAAGAGAGAACUUGGUAUAAUGAGACACAGGAACAGGAAGUCCUGGAAAUCAUAGGUGUGGAGGGCAGCAGUCAUGGUGGUGAACCUGUGUCUUCCGCAUUUUGAGACCACUGUACAGUGCAAUAAGCUGUCCGCAGAUGGGUACGACGUCUCGAACCUGCUGUCAGCGGAUGCGAAGCUCCGCUUUCGGGGCUUCAGGCUGGAGUAUUUCCUGCGGCCCCCUGUGCAUGUGACCCUCCGCUUCCGGUUCCGGGUGGAGAUCUGCCGAGUGGAUGUGGCCCUCUGGCCCCUCGGCAUGGACCACGGCCAGAUGUCCCGGGGCCUGGAGAUCCACACGUCUUCCGACCCCCCAUCUGACGGGCCGCACCUGGACCUCAGGCACUUUCGGCUGGUGGGCCGCUGCGAGGUGAAGGAGGCCCUGUGUGUCAGCUUUGCUGUGCCCUGUUUUAGGCCCCGCCCACCAUUUCCAGAGCCUCCCCCUGAGCCCCCAGCAGAGGCCAGGCGUGAGGAGCUGUGGAGCCGAGGGCCCCAGUCACUGGGCUCUGUGACUCAGCUCCGGGUUUCUCUUCCAUAUGGAGGAGCUGGCACACCGCUUGGGCUCAAGGCCCUUGCAGUAUGGGGACUGCCAGCUUGCUGCUGUCCCCCACUGGUGUUGGAAAGGAUUAUAAAGGCACACCAGGAUAGUCAGAGGCAGCCCUCUCCAACACCUGCCCUGCCUCAGCCCUCACCCCCUACCUCAGAUUCUUCCACUCCUAAUGUGCCCUUCCCAGACUCUAACAUUCCCCCGGAGUUCCUAGACCCACUUACGCAGGAGCUCAUGACGCUGCCAUUGCUGCUGCCCAGUGGGGUGGUGAUUGAUUGCAUCUCGCUGGAGAAGUACCAGCGACAGGAGGCCAGCUGGGGCCGGCCCCCCAAUGACCCUUUUACUGGGAUUCCCUUCACCCGUGAUUCCCAGCCUCUGCCCAACCCAGACAUGAAGGGCCGCAUUGACCGCUUCCUGCUACAUGGUGGUGCUGCUGUGGGUAGGACGGGGCAGCUUGGACGGGUGGUGCAGCAGGAAUUGCCGCACCCAUCCAGGUUGGUUAAUAUUGGAAGCUCCGAUGGCUCUCUGGCAGCCUCAGACUCUCAGGGCCUCCACAGUACAUUGAGCAGCCAUGCAAAACCACAAACUGUGGAAAGGCCUCAUCCAGAGGAGACUCCAACAUCACCGCGACUGCAAGUGCGUGGGGGAUCCGAAAUCCAGCAGGGGGCAGUGGAGCGUGGCUGGCAGGUGCAGGAGGGACGAACUGUGGUGAAAGAGCCUGAGGAGAAAUCAAGCAGAGGGACAAGGCCAUCCUUGUAUGGCAGGAAGAGAGUGCUCGAUAAGCAUAUGGGAAGUUCCUCCAGCUGCAGUCCGGGCCCUUCCUCGUUGGUGGAUCUGGACUCUACAGACAGCCCACGUUCUAUGCCGGAGGUGCCCCCAAAACACCUUAGGAAACAGGAGGACACCUUAGUCUGCUCAGGCCCCAGCAGCAUCUCCCAUGAGCAGCGCCUGUCCGAGAGCCUGGAUCAAGCCCUGAAGUCCGCUCUGGAAGCCUGUCCUGGGUUCACUGCCCAUCGUGCUAAGGAACCGUGGUCAAGCAAGAAUGCCAUGCAAGGUAGCAGCGUGGGUGCAAAGAGGUGUGGACAGUGCUCUUGUGCUUUCACAGCUUUCCCCGGGUCCCCGCCAGCCUUCCGCCUGCCCUGCGGGCACCUGCUCUGUCGGCCCUGCCUGUCCGCCAGAUCCUCCCCAAAGCCCCAGUGCUCCUCCCUAUCUUGUCCCACCUGUGGCUCCCCUGCAACACCCAGCUCCAUCAUGCGUGUGCACUGCUGAACAUGAGCAGUCAGACGCGCGUCCGUGUUGCUCACUUUCACAGUUUUAAUUGUCUGCUUGCUUCCUCUAAGGUCAAAGGGAAUAAAGGAGCACAGCAAUGUGCCACAGCACGUGCUUAUCUUUCGAAACAAAACUUGUGAAGUUGAAUGACUGAGUGGAUGUAUGUGUGCAUCUUUUGAGUAAGCACAAGGCCUUGGGCCAAUAGCUAUUGUUGUGGCUGGAAUUAAAAAGUACCGAACAACUGGGGGCGGGGGGGUUCCAAGGCUGUCAUGUCUUUGUCUGGGAGCAAACCGCUGGGUCCGCAGCUAUUGAUGGGUCAUCAGACACUGGCAGAUGCGUGAUGGCGACCAUGUGUGUAUAUCCAUGAACAUGCAUGCCACAUGAAGAACUUAAUGGCAAUGGAGUAUGUGUUUACUCAUGGAAGAGGUGACCUCCUGAACCUGAAAGGUUCCCCCGUCUAUGUGCCCUAUGCUGUCUGAGAUAGGCUCCAUUCACUGCCAUGACCCCGUUGGAUAACCUGUAGGAAGAUGGAUUAAGAUAUUUCAAAAUACUGCAGGUCUCUUGAGCUUGGUGUAAAUCUAAUGGUUUUGAUUGGUUUAGAAAAGUGAACCCGGUGUAAGAUGCUGCAUUAAUACCCUCCAGCUGGAGUAGGAUGAAUUUGGGCUGAGUGAAUUAAUUAUCCCCGUCAAAUUCAUACUUAUGCUUCUUGCAUCCUUCUUCUUGGAUGCCAGGACCAUAUUACAGGUCACCACAGACAUCGAGUGUAAUGUUCUGCAGUGGAGAGGUGAAGGUGCACAAUGUGUCAAAAAUUCUGGAACUGAUACUUCAUUGGAAGGAAUGUUGCAUCUGUAGUUAUAUGAUUGGGAACAGAGGAUUAAACAUAGAAAACAUUGCAUUACAAGCACCAAUGAGAAGAAAUUCAUGAAGCCCAAUCUUCAGAGUCGGCAGGACAGAAUUAACAUUCUCUAGUGCAAUAAUUGUAUUCCUUAGUCUGGGAAUACAUAUUGUUUGGGUACCAGUCUGCUGCUGCCGCAAACACUUAUCUCAUUAGCAUGAUAACUCAAAAAGUAUUUGAUGGCUCUAUUUCAAAUUUUGCAGAUGCAUUUGCAUUUCGCAGAUGGCGAAAUUUUGAGACAAAUUGCAUCAAAAUUGAAGCAGUGCCACACUAAUAUCAAAGAGAAGGGUGACUGCAGAAGACUAGCAACUAAAAGUAUUCGAAGGAUAAUUUUCAAGCUUCCCAGAAACAUUAUGUAAGUGAUGAUCUGGUACCUAUUUCAGACAAAUCACACCAAAACUGAAGCAGUGUCACUUACUGGUAGCACAUGAAAGGACAGCCACAGGUGCAGAUCUGGUGAACCUGACUAUAAUGAGACAAGGCACGCAAGUUGAGCUUUUAAUAAAGAUUUUUUGGAGAGGUGGAAAGAGUGUGUAGGGGGGCUAGAGGCUGUAGAGGAUGGGGGGGGGGUGUGUGAGGAGUAGGGAUUCAACGGGGCCAGUUGUGGAGUAUAUUACUAUUGUUCUGACAGCAUCAAGUUUGGCCAUAAUUCAAGCAUUGUAAUAGUAUAAUGCACAGUUUACCUCGGAGAUGGGGAGUGUGUGAGAUGCAGAUAUUCACCCAUCAUUUUGGUUCCUCUGUUCAUCACAGUGGAUUUAGACUUAUGUAACAAUGGUGCUUUGUAAACAACAGAGUCAAAAAUAUGUGCAUUGCAUCAGGCACUUCACUAGGUAUGACAAUGCAAUGCUAUUUAUUUAUGUCCACUGUGAAGGAUACGUGUUGUCACUUUAUUUCCAAGGUCAUACAUGCUACAUUGAUGGAACCUAUUGUGUCUUUAAAGGAUAUCCACAGCUUUUCAGACCUCUCCAGGCACGUAGCUGCCUAGUAAAUUAAAGGGACAUAGCCAGGUACUAAAACGUUAUUACUACAAUAUUUACACAUUUAUCCAGACGUUCAAGAAUAUUUUCGCAUUUUAUUAUGUGAUGGACUGCUGGUUGCAUCACGGGGAACCAGCACCCCAGAAGUGUUCACUAUCAAGUCUCUGGACAGCAACUGAACACCACCCUGGGCAAUAAGACCCAGGAACCAUGUGAGAAUCCCCCAUGAUGCACAGAUGGAAGCUUGUAUGUCUCAUGCCCCAGCAGCACCUGGGAAGACGUGUAUACACUAGUCUCAGUCGGGGUGGGGACAGCGAUGGGUCUACAUGCAGCUGGGAGAGUGACGAAAAGCAGAAUACUAAAAGCGAUGCAAGACAACACAAAGGCAGAGAUGUUUCUUAAAUGGUCAUGAGCUUGGUGGUGAGCUUGCUAUGCCAUUGACAAGGUAACAAGGCAGCUCUCAUGGCAUAGAACUGCAAGACAGUUCCGUCAGGCAAUCUAGCAAAGGGAAGCCAUGUCAGUGUUUCCAGUCAUGCUGGAGUAGCUAAAUAUAACAUGGUGGAAUAGAUUUGCAUGAUCAGUCGUUAAAUCUAACAAGAAAAUUGACAGCCAGUACGAUGCUCCAUUUUAUUGGUCUUUGCUGCCAACAUCAGGAUUCAGUACCACAAAGACAAUUUGAUUAGGGAUUAGAGUGAGAAAAGUUACACUUUAGUACCUAAGCUGCAAAAUCUAUGUGGUUUGCAAUAUAAGUAAUUAAUAAAAUAAGACCAUUUUACGCACUACAUUACAAGUUGCUGGUGUCCUAGCAACCUUUGACAGCUGACAUUUAUAAAGACCACAAUACAGUGGUAACAACCAUCCACCUAUUUUCUGUACUUGCUUAGACUAUGCAGGGUGGCAGGGGUUAGCAGUCUAUCCCGGAAGCUAUGGGCAGAGGGAAUAAGCCAGGAUGGGGCACCAAUACAUCAUAAACAGUGGCAACUUAAUGAAAUAAAGGAUAUAAAGUAAAUAUGGGUUUCUAUAUGUACUAUUUAUUUUAAAUGAUAAUUAGUUUUUUAAUCCUAAAUCAAAAUUAGGGUAUUACUAUUAUUAUUGUUAUUAUCAAAAGUUUUUUUAAGCAAUCAGUUGACAAAGAACAGCUUUGUAUUACAUUAAGGUACACAGGUAGCCUGCUAGUCUACAUCAUCUGUACACUACAAUUUUCAGUGGGUUUUCCUUCAGUAUAAAGUGAGUCAGAUUUGCUGCUCUAACAGCACUGCAAAAUGGUGGACGCACUAUAUAGUUCACUACUUAAGAAAAUUGGGUAAUUUCAAAUGCAGCCCUAGAUUUCAAGUUGCUCUUGAAAUGAUUUCCCAAGCAUAAAGAGAAUGAUUUAUUCAAAAUCAGUUGCGAGACAUGCCAUCUCCAAAGACGUGUUUAGGCUAAUGGGUGUCUGUAAAUUUCCCAUAGCAUAUGAUUAUGUCCAUGUGCCUUGAGACGGGCUGGAAUAAGCUGCCUGAUGUUUCCCAUCCUCGUGCCCCUAUGCUUCCUGGCUCCAGGGUCACCCCUCGUGAGGAUCAACAGUUAGAAGGUGGAUAAGUACAGAUUUUCUUUGUAAUAUUUUUUUUUCCAACCAAAAUCCUUGUGUGAUAUACAAAUGGUUGUACAGAUGGAUGGAUGAUUGUAUAGUAGAGUACAUCGUUUUUUGCAUGCUUGGCUUGUAUGCAUAGCUGUCGGUGAAAUAUGAAAUCAUUUGUUUGUAUGGCACGAGAUGGUCAUUUGUUCUUAGUAGUUUAAAUUUAUUACAAUUAUUGAGUUAUUUAUGGUUUCAUUUGGUAUCUAU